GCAACGCGCGGCGCGGUCAGUUGUGUCAAUUAUAGGCGUGGACAUAUAGAAUACAUAAAGAGUAUUUGAAAGUGAAUAUUUUUUCGUCGUGAAAAGUUUUCGCAAAGUGAAAAGUUAAGACGCUCAUCAAGCUUUUUUCGAAAUGGCCAUUGGAAUUCGCUUUUCCUUUCUCAUAGUAGCAUUGCUCUUCCUUUGCUGGGUCCAAGAAGGCCUUUCAAUUAAAUGUUGGGUGUGCAGAUCAGACUCGGAUCCAAAGUGCUCAGAUCCGUUUGAUAAUUCCACAGUGCCUAUUACAGACUGUAAACAGGAACCUGACUUGGAGCACUUGCCAGGUGUAAGACCAACGAUGUGCCGUAAAAUUCGUCAAAAAGUUAAUGGGGAAUGGAGAUAUUUCCGGAGUUGUGCUUACAUGGGCGAGCCAGGGAUUGCAGGCGAUGAGCGAUUUUGCUUAAUGCGAACUGGGACGUAUAAUAUAUUUAUGGAAUACUGUACGUGCAAUAGCAAAGACGGUUGUAACUCAGCACCCUAUCAAUAUGUAAAUUGGCUUCUCUUAUUAAUCGGCCUAAUAACAACUGUUCGAUACGUAUUCGUCGUUUGAAAAAGUCUAGCCAAAGAUUCUUAACAGAUCUAUUCACUGGAUAGUGUAGAUUUCAGUAAUUAUUUUUACAGUUCAAGAUUCACUUGUACUUACUCAAUAUUCUUCUUAUUUUACACAUCGUCAGGGAAGACGCAAACUCCAGCAAUCAAAUAUAUAUAGAUAUCG